UACAAGCUAUCACGAAGUUGUAGUUGCAAACGAGGCGUUCCUGAAGUAAACCGCUAGGUCUAGGUCGCUCCUUAUCUAAUCCAUAAAUCUCGUGCGACGUACCGGAGCUCCCGGGAUAAUUACCUAGGUACCUAGGUACUAGUAUAUACCCGCCGCACCUUCACCUCCGACCUCAACCUAACAGGUACCUACCUCCAUACAACCCACCACACACCUCGGUCCUCGGCCAUGCCCUCCAACGAACGCACCUCCCUCCUCAACCCCAGCAUCACAACCACCACAACCACCACGACCCGCCGCCACCCCCGCAACAGCAUGUACUGGACUCUAGCCUGCAUCUACGGCGCAUCCGCCGUCGGCCUCGGCGCUUUCGGCGCCCACGGACUAAAGAAGCUAAUCUCGGACCCGACCAAAGUCGCCAACUGGGCCACCGCCGCGCACUACCAGCUCGUGCACUCGGUCGCCCUGCUCGUCGCCGCCCAGGUCCAGAACCCCAUCUCCGGCGUCCUGUUUACCACCGGCAUGACUUUCUUCAGCGGGAGCUUGUACCUGCUCGUGCUGGACCCGGCGCGCUUCCGGUUCCUGGGUCCCGUGACGCCGCUUGGUGGGCUGUGUUUGAUUGGCGGCUGGGUUGCGCUUGCGCUGAAAUGAAGAGAGAGCUAGGCACUUAAUAUAACCCAUCUCAGCUUAUGAUGUUGUAGUCUUAUACGAGAGGGGGUCGCAGGAAGAAGAAUAGUUACGGAUAGCCGGGCUGCCUGUAUAAGCGUGAUCUCGUUGCAGACAU